AUGCCCCUCUUAGACAUUCAGAGCACACUCUUCGCGGUCUUCGCUGCAUGGCUUGUCUGCUGCUUCCUGGAGGGCAUCCGGCGGCUCUACUUCCACCCGCUUUCGAAAUUUCCAGGCCCAAAGCUGGCAGCACUGACUCUCUGGUACGAGUUCUACUACGACAUCAUCGAGCCUGGCACCUACUUCCGAAAGAUCGAGGAGAUGCACCGCGAGUACGGACCCAUAAUUCGUAUCAAUCCUCACGAGCUCCACAUCCGCGAUCCUGCCUACUUCGAUCAUCUUUACGCCGGCGGGAAGCGGGAUAAAUACAGCUGGUGGACGAACUUCAUUGGCUUUGAGCGAUCUACAUUUGCGACAGUCGGAGACGACCUUCACCGCCUGCGCCGCGGUGCUAUGAGCUCCUUCUUCUCCAGGCGCUCUGUGUCCGAGCUGGAGCCAAUCAUCGUUUCGAGAAUCGAGAAGCUAUGCUCGCGGUUCGAAGAGUUGGCUGAUACGGGAGAGGUGGUUCGACUAGACGUAGCCUUCCUGGCGUUGACAAUGGACGUCAUCUGCGCCUUCUUCUUCGGCAAAGAUCGCGGACACCUCGACAAGCCCGACUUCGAGCUUCUGUGGAAGGAGACACUCCGCGGAACCCUCCAGACCGUGGCGUUGGGUCGAAUGUUUCCAGUCCUGACCACCACCAUGCUGCACCUCCCUCGCUGGCUUCUCAAGGCGACCAACGCAUACUAUGUCAGCUACAUGUUCAGCCUCCAAGCUGGCAUUCGCAAGCAGGUUGCAGCGGUCCUGAACGAGUCAAUAGGGAGCACCCCCGGGCGGACCAUCUUCCACAUGCUACGCGAUAGCGACUUACCUCUAGAGGAGAAGUCGAUAUCGAGACUCUGCGAGGAGGCCAACGUCUUGAUCGGUGCGGGAAGCGAGACGAGCGCCAAAGCCUUGACGCACACUAUAUUCUACCUCUCCACCAAUCCGGAUAUACUCCGACACCUCCGUGAGGAGAUCAAAGACGUGAUGCCCGAUGCUGCCACGGUUCCUCGCUGGUCGGUGCUGGAGCAGCUUCGCUAUUUCACUGCGGUCGUGACUGAAGGUUUGCGCUUAUCCUACUCCAUCACGACACGCCUCCCGCGCACUGCCAACGAGCCUUUGAUCUACAAGGAAUGGGUUAUCCCGCCUGGAACGCCCGUCUCAGAGACUUUGUACUCUGUGCUCGUCGAUCCCUCCGUCUUUCCUGAACCCGAGAAGUUCGACCCCGGGCGCUGGUUGGAGCACCCCGAGCUCAGCAAGUACUUCGUGGUGUUCGGCAGGGGCUCGAGAUCGUGUGUCGGACUCAACUUGGCAUAUGCGGAGUUGUACCUCGCGGUCGCCGCGCUGGUCCGCCGUUUCGACUUUGAGCUGUUCGAGACGACGAUCGAGGAUAUCGAAGUCAAGCAUGACUUCUUCGUUCCGAAUGCCGAUCUGUCCAGCAAGGGCGUUCGUGCUCGUAUCCGGAAGUUGUGA